CAGCUUUGGCAGCUUCCGCGAGGCAGAGGGCAGGCGCGGCGAACAACAAUCUCCGCAUUAUAUUCGCGCAUUCGCACCGCGCUCCGACAAGCUUGGUCAGACGAAGCGAACACUAGACUCUUAGCGCUUAUUAAGCUCUCCGCGAGGUUGAGGCAAAACAGAAGCGCGGCGCGAGGCGGCGAGGCGAGAGGCAAAACAGAAGCGAGACGCUAAAACACAGAAGCGAGACGCAUAUGCGCUGCACAAGAAGCACCAUGCUGCUCCUCGCCUGCAGAGUCGCUAGGGUCCGGGCGCUGCAGGCGCCGCGCAAGUUCGGCAGGCUGCGCGCGCUCGCGUCGACCGUCGCCGAGCCCGGGGCCAAGGUCCCCGUCACACUCUUGUCGGGAUUCCUCGGCACGGGCAAGACUACUUUGUUGAGAAAUCUGCUGGAGGAGGCCUCGCAAGACAAGGACUCGAAGGUAGGCGUGGUAGUCAAUGACAUGGCGGCGGUUAACAUCGACGCCAAAAUCACCGCGCGCCGAUUGGACUUAGAUGAAAGCGAUUCCCCAAAAAUGCAGGGCGCGGCGGAAUUCGUGGAGAUCGGCGACGGGUGCGUCUGCUGCUCCAUGGCCGACGAGUUGUUUACGACGCUCGCGGAACUGGCGGCCGUGUCGUCCAUGAAAGGGUAUCGGUACAAUCAUAUUGUGAUUGAGGCGACGGGCAUCGCCGAACCUAGGUCCAUCCGAGACCAGUUCCAGGACGCCGAGGCGGCCGGCAUGCCGCUCAUGGAGGAAGUGGAACUGUCUACGUUAGUUACGGUCGUCGACAGUGCGGCCUUCCUGGACGCCUACGCGGAGACGGCGUCGAUCGCGCAGCGGCCGGAUUUGGCCGCGCCCGUCGACGACGAUCCCAGUCCCUUCCUGAUGGCGCGCUUCGACCACUCCCUCCAAAGGUCGGUCGUGGACUUGUUGGUGGAGCAGGUCGAGUGCGCCGACGUGCUGUUGCUCAACAAGAAAGACCUCGUCACCCAACAACAGAUGGACCGCCUCGCCGAGAUCAUGAAAGCGUUGAACCCGACCGCGAUAGUAAAACAGUGCGAGUUCGGGGACGCGGCGUUAAAUGAAGUGUUAGGUGUGGCCGGCGACGAAGGCGCCGCGCGCAUCGGUCCGGUGGAUGAGCACAAGGUCGCCGUCGCGGCGUCGAAGGGGGCCGCGUGUGAUGAUCCGGACUGCUCGGAUCCCUCCCAUCUGCACGCGCACGACUCGCACGCGCACGCCGCGAAGGAGGAGCACUCGCACGCGAGCCACGACCACGCGCAUAAGGAGGAGGAGGCCUGCGCGGACCCGACCUGCACGGAUCCCACGCACGACCACAGCCACAAGCAGUGCAUAAAUCAAAUUGUCGCGGCACGGCGCGUGUUGUGGUCGAUUACCGCUCGUUUUAGCCAACAUACACCCGACUCACUGGUUGAUUUGCGCACAGGCCACAAGGCGCACGACCACGCUCAUGCGAAGGAGGAGGCCUGCGCGGACCCGACGUGCACGGACCCGACGCACGACCACAGCCACAAGGCGCACGACCAUUCGCACGGCCACACGCACGACGCCAUCGGCAUCGACUCCUUCGUCUACGCCGCGCGGCGGCCCUUCGCGCCGGCGCGGCUCCAGGAGUUGUUGCGGGCCCUGCCGGCCGACGUCACGGCGGCCAUUAGUGAUGGGAAGACGGACCACUCGGCCCUGAACCCCACCGCUAGAGCGCUCGCCACCAUCGUGCGCUCGAAGGGCUUCCUCUGGCUCGCGUCGAGCCACGACGCGGCCUACUACUGGAGCCACGCGGGCAACCACUUCGCCGCCGAAUUGAUGGGCCGGUGGUGGGCGACGCUGCCCGAGGACCGCUACCCCGAGGACAUGCGGGCCUCGAUUCUUUCGGACUUUGACGGCGAGGACGGCGACCGCCGCCAGGAGAUCGUGUUCAUCGGCGUGGGGGCCGUGGCGCAGCAGGCGGCCAUCACGGAAGCCCUCGACGCGUGCCUCCUCACGGACGACGAGAUGGCCGCCUACCGCGCGGCCGACGACGACGCGCGGCCCGAGCUCUUCCCGAGCGACCUGCGCGUCCGCGCCUAGCUUUCCCUCCCUAACCGGUUCCUGA